AUGUUGUCCACUUGGCCUACAACGACAACAACAACAACAACAACAACUACUCAUCAUCAACAACGACGACGGUGUACUACUUUUCACCAGCAGCCUCAGCAGCCGCAGCACAGCCACUUUGACGUUCCACAGCUGAAGGAACAUCGGCCGACAGCACAAUCUUCCACCACUUGUCCACGAAGGAGCUUCCUCUUACCACUUUUAUUGAUCAUCACCACCACCACGACUCUCUGCUCGCUGCCUGUCCCCGUAGCUGGCAGCAGCAAAGAUAGCAGCACCCCUUCUGCUGCUGCUGCUGCUGCUGAAUACACCAACGAAUUUGCCGUGCAUAUCAAGGAGUGCGAUGACGAGGCCAGUUCCGCCGCCGUUGCCGACCAGCUGGCCGCCAAGUACGGCUUUGUCAACCACGGAAAGAUUGGCAAUCUCGACUGUCACUACCUGUUUGCACAUCAUCGGGUGAACAAGCGAUCGACGGAGUACAGCCACGAGCACCACCGGGUGCUCGCUCAGGAUGAACAGGUUCACUGGGUCGAGCAGCAGCGCAUACUGAGGCGGCCAAAGCGUGACAAUGGCAAAUCAAAGUACCGUUACGGUCGAUCGAUGCCUGAUCCCAUCUACAAGGACAUGUGGUACCUGCGGAAAGGUGCUCUCGGCGGCUUUGACAUGAACGUGGAAAGUGCCUGGAAGAUGGGCUACACGGGGAAGAACGUCGUGGUGACCAUCCUCGAUGAUGGCAUUCAGCCGAAUCACCCUGAGCUGGCGAAGAACUACGACCCCCUGGCGAGCUACGACAUCAACGACAAUGACCCCGAUCCGACGCCGCAGGACAAUGGGGACAACAAGCACGGCACGCGCUGUGCCGGCGAGGUGGCCGCAGAGGCCUACAACGACUACUGCGGUGUGGGCAUCGCCUUCAACGCGAGCAUCGGCGGCGUGCGCAUGCUGGACGGCAUCGUCACCGACCAGGUGGAGGCGCGGGCGAUUGGCCACAACCCCAACCACGUGGACAUCUACUCGGCCAGCUGGGGCCCGGAGGACGACGGGAAGACGGUGGACGGGCCGGGGAAGCUGGCCAAGCGGGCAUUCAUUGACGGCAUCAAGAAGGGAAGACGGGGCAAGGGCAGCAUCUACGUGUGGGCGAGCGGAAACGGGGGGCGGCGGCUGGACAACUGCAACUGCGAUGGCUACACGAACUCCAUCUACACGUUGUCGAUUAGCAGCGCCACGCAGAAUGGCGCCAAGCCGUGGUACCUGGAGGAGUGCUCCUCGACGCUGUCGACGACGUACAGCAGCGGCACGCCGGGCAAGGACGAGAACAUCUUCACCUGCGACCAGGACACGUCGUACUUUGCCUCGCUGGGCCGCGGUGAGAAGCCGCAGAAGGACAGCCUGUGCACCAAGUCGCACACCGGAACUUCGGCCUCGGCGCCCAUUGCCGCAGCCAUCAUCGCUCUGGCGCUGGAAGCGAACCCUCGCCUCAGCUGGCGCGACCUCCAGCACCUGGUGAUGCUCUCCUCCCGCUACGAGCCCCUCCGCCACGAGAAGGGCUGGACGACCAACGGCGUCGGCCGCAAGGUGAGCCACAAGUUCGGCUACGGCCUGCUGGACGCCCAAGCGAUCGUCCGCCACGCGGAGAAGUGGACCGCCGUGCCGGCGCAGCGCAUCUGCGAGACGCCGGCGCACAACAAGGAGCGGGAGAUACCGGCGAAGCUGCGCAACCAGCUGGAGGUGAGCCUGCUGACCAAUGGCUGCCGCGGCGCGGCCAAUGAGAUUCGCUACCUGGAGCACGUCCAGGCGAAGAUCACGCUGAAGUACCAGCCCCGGGGCAGUCUGAAGAUCUCGCUCAUCUCGCCGCUGGGCACCAUCACCCACCUGCUGUUUCCGCGGCCGCGCGACACCGACGAGAUCAGCUUCAACGCCUGGCCCUUCCUCAGCGUCCACUUCUGGGGCGAGCGGCCGGCCGGCCAGUGGCGGCUGGUGGUGCAGAACGACGGCCAGAAGUCGGCCGCCGUGCCGGGGAAGCUCUUCAGCUGGUCGCUCAUCUUCUACGGAACGCUUGAGAAGCCCGUCAGCUACCUGUACAAUGAGACGCUGCGGUACUUUCCGCGGAGCACGUCGCCCUCGGCUUCUUCAGUCGCCGGAGCAGGCUCACCAGGGAGCGGCGGAAGCGGCAACAACGAGUGCCUGGGCAAGGACAUGUACCGCGCCUUUCAGUCGGAGGAGUGCCUGAAGGCGUGUCCCAGCCGGGGCCAGUGGGCCAACACCGACACCGCCACCUGUCAGCCCUGUGCCACCGUCUGUGAUAGCUGCUUUGGCCCCAGCUCCGACCACUGCCUUAGCUGUCGGCCGGGCGGCCUCUUCUACGAGUACGAGUGCCUGGCGCGCUGUCCGGACGGCUUCUACGCCGACGGCCAGCUGAAGGAGUGUCUGCCCUGUGCGCCCAGCUGCGCCAGCUGUGAGGGCGCCGCCGGGCGGUGUCUGAAGUGCGCCGCCGGACUGGUCAUGGACAAUGGCAGUGGAAGGGGUGGUGGUGGGGAUGCUGCUGCUGCUUCCGCUGCCGGAAGAUGUGUUCCCAAGGCAAAUGUGGUGGUGGUGGCGACGAUGGGCAACAGUUCUGCCUAUGAGUGCAGCGAAGGCUGUCGGGAGUGCCGCGGCCCCCGCCGCAAUGACUGCCUCCGUUGUGUGGCCGAGCUGAAGCUGCUCAAUGGAAAUUGCAUCGACGACAACUGCCCGGACGGCUUCUACCUUCGGGACAGUACCUGUUUUAG